CAAACCUUCAAUCUGCUCAAAACCCAACCCAUGGAGAUCCCAGAAAAGCUUCUCAAGUUCAAGUUCCACUUCCUCUUUGCACUCAUUUUGUGCCUUACCCUUUACGCCAUAACCCUCAUAGCACCUAGAUUUCUGACCAUUUUGGCUUACUUUUGGCCUCUCUUCCUCUCCACCGCUCUCUUUCUCUUCGCUGUUGUUGUCUUCGGGAAGACCACGUUACCGGUUACCGAGGCUUCCGGUGAAGGCCUCCUGGAUUAUGUCGCCGGGCAACCGGAACACGUCGUAGAAAGUUACAAGUCCGCGGAGCAGAGCCAGAGUUGAGGAAAAAGAUCAGAAAUUUUAUUUUUUCUCUCUGUAAUUUCUAACUUUUUCCUUUUUGCUUGUUUUUUUUUCUCUUCCUUUUGGGUUGUAGUUGACAAAUAUAGUUGACGGUAAUUUCUGGGAAGAAUAAUGUCCUUAAUUGACAUAUGGGUCCCUUUCA